AUGAUGUCCGUUCAAUGGGACAAACAUGAGACAGAACUGCUGUCACACCUGUUCCGCUACUUCUCUGGAGAAGCUUUCGUGGACGUGACGCUGUGGUGUUCUGGAUGUCACUUCAAGGCACAUCGCGUCAUGCUGUCCGCUUGCAGUGCCUACUUUGAGGUGAGCCGUCGUCCUGCUCUUGAAAAGACUCCAACACGUGAGACACGUGUAUUGUCACAACCUGCUGCCGGAGACACAUGGCAUCUCGGCCGCGGCGCGAGGCUAACAAACAGUGAGGCUCGGCCGUGUAUGUUGCAGCGCGUGCUGCUGGAGCACCACAGCUGUGGCGGGAAGCCGGUGUCGGUAAUGCUGCACGGCAUCGAGCCGGAGAACAUGUACCGUCUGCUGGAGCUCAUGUACCGCGGACGGACGGAUGUCUCGGCAUCGGAGCUGCCUCGUCUGCUGGAGACGGCGGCGUCUCUGGGCGUGCGCCUGCUGCACUCCAGCACGCUGCGCGUCUGCGCCGCCGGCGCCGAUCCGUUGGCAGCAGCCGACGCCAGCACUGCGCCUCCUAACGGCGAUGUUACGCAGUCUGCGCCUCAGUGCGACGACCAGCUCACGGUCCAUGGAGUUUGA